CCCUCAUCUCCCCGGCCACAGCCAUGUUUUCCUGGUUCUGGAGCAUCCUUAACUACCUCGGUCUUUACGGCAAGAAUGCCAAGAUCCUCUUCCUGGGUCUGGACAACGCCGGUAAGACCACCCUCCUGCAUAUGCUGAAGAAUGAUCGCCUUGCCCAGCUGGCUCCCACCCAGUAUGCCACCUCCGAGGAGCUUACCCUCGGCAACAUCCGCUUCAACACCUUCGAUCUCGGCGGUCACGAGAACGCUCGCCGUGUCUGGCGCGACUACUUCCCCGAGGUCAGCGGCAUCGUCUUCCUGAUUGAUGCUUCGGAUCCUCAGCGUUUCGAGGAGUCUAAGAUCGAGCUCAACAGCCUUCUCCAGCUGGAGGAGCUCGCCAACGUUCCGUUCCUGAUCUUCGGCAACAAGAUCGACCGCGAGACCGCCGUCUCCGAGGACGACCUCCGGAAUUACUUUGGUCUCAUUUCUACCACCGGCAAGGGCAACGUCAAGGGCGACCCUCGCAACCGCGCCAUCGAGGUCUUCAUGUGCUCGGUUCUCAUGCGCCAGGGCUACCGCGAUGGCUUCCAGUGGUUCUCCCAGUUCAUCUAAGCUGGCAGUCCGUUCGAGCUAGCACACCACGCGCUCGCGCGUGUGCCCCAUGUAGAGUUGAGGCACACCCGCGGUGUGCGACCUUCCUCCCUCCCCCCCUUCCUCUCCUUCCCUCCUCCUUCUCUCACAGAUCCCUUCCCCGGAGCACUGUCUUCUGCUCAUCGACCUUGCGACUUCCCUUCUUCUCCCCCCCCCCCUCCCCCCCC